CUGGCUCCUAGAAUCCAGAGCCCUCGGGGGCCUCUGCCAUGGGGACAGGGCCUUCGCACCGCUCUCACGACCUGGGACUCAGCCCCUUGUGGCGGGAGUCAGGCCUGAGCGCUGGUCUCUGCCCCCACCCCUGGCCCUCGCCGGGGUCCACACCUGGGGUGCCUGUCUGGGGUCCCAGAUCUGGUCCCCGUCUGGAGGCGCCGUCCCUCCCACCGCGGGGAUGGGCAGGACCUGGCGGGCGGUGGGCGCCGUUGUCCGGCAAGGCUUCGCUCCGCCCCGUGUCCCUCCGCGCCCGCCCGGAAAGUAGUCCCCGCCUGUCCAGUCGGCGCCGCCUCCGCCGCCGUCCACACCGCCGCCGCCGUCCACAUCGCGGCUCCGUCCGAACCACGGCUCCACGUCCCGCCGCCUGCACGCCGCCGCGCGGUCGCCCUGGUCUGGGUCGGGUCGGUCCCGGUCUCGUCCCGGUCCUGCCCUGGUCCCGGUCCCGGUCCCGGUCCGGCCCGGCCUGUCCCGGCCAUGCCCGCCAGGACCCGCUGAUGGCGCCGUCCGAGCGGCCGCCGGGGAUGCGCGCGCUGCUGCCGCUGCUGCUGCUGCUGCCGCUGCUCGGCGCCAGCCCAGGCGUGUGGUGCUUUAGCGAACUGUUUUUUGUAAGAGAACCACAGGAUGUAACUGUCACAAGAAAGGACCCGGUCUUUUUAGAUUGCCAGGCCCACGGAGAAGUUCCUAUUAAGGUCACAUGGUUGAAAAAUGGAGCAAAAGUGUCUGAAAAUAAACGGAUCCAGGUUCUUUCUAAUGGCUCUUUGUACAUCAGCGAAGUGGAAGGCAGGCGGGGAGCCCAGUCUGAUGAGGGAUUUUACCAGUGUUUGGCAGUGAACAAAUACGGAGCCAUCCUGAGUCAAAAAGCACAUCUCACCUUAUCAACUAUUUCUGCAUUUGAAAUUCAGCCGAUUUCCAUGGAGGUCCAGGAAGGGGGAGUUGCGAGGUUUGCAUGCAAGAUUUCAUCCAGUCCUCCUGCAGUGGUGACCUGGGAGUUUAACCGGACAGCUCUACCCAUGAUGACGGACAGGAUGGCUGCCCUGCCCACAGGAGUGCUGCAGAUCUACAGUGUGGGCCCGGGGGACGUGGGCAGCUACCGCUGUGUGGCCACCACCCUGACCCACAGGCGCAGGAGUGCAGAGGCCAUGCUCACCGUCACCCCAGCUAAGGAGUCCAAACCCUUCCACGCUCCAACCAUCGUAGCAGGGCCACAGAAUGUCACAGCGUCUCUCCACCAGACUAUAGUUUUGGAGUGCAUGGCCACCGGAAACCCCAAGCCAAUCAUUUCUUGGAGCCGUCUGGAUCACAAGUCCAUCGAUGUUUUUAAUACUCGAGUGCUUGGAAACGGCAACCUCCUGAUAUCUGACAUCAGGUUGCACCACGCUGGGGUGCACGUGUGCAGGGCCACCACCCCGGGCACGCGCAACUUCACAGUUGCCAUGGCAACCUUAACUGUCCUCGCUCCUCCUUCAUUUACCGAAAGGCCAGAAAGUUUAACAAGGCCCCGGGCCGGCACUGCUCGGUUGGUGUGCCAGGCUGAGGGGAUCCCUGCACCCAAGAUGUCCUGGCUGAAGAAUGGACGGAAGAUGCACUCGAAUGGCAGAAUUAAGAUGUACAGCAGUAAACUGGUAAUUAAUCAGAUUAUCCCUGAAGAUGAUGCCAUUUACCAGUGCAUGGCCGAGAACACCCUGGGAUCGGUCCUGUCUCAAGCCCGGCUGACGGUGGUCAUGUCGGAGGACAGGCCCAGCGCCCCCUGCAAUGUGCACGCAGAGACCGUGUCCAGCUCCGCCAUCCUGCUGGCGUGGGAGAGGCCCCUCUACAACUCGGACAAAGUCAUCGCUUACUCUGUGCACUACAUGAAAGCAGAAGGUCUAAAUAAUGAGGAGUACCAAGUAGUCCUCGGGAAUGACACAACUCAUUACAUUAUCGAUGACUUGGAGCCAGCCAGCAACUACACGUUCUACAUUGUGGCCUACAUGCCAAUGGGGGCCAGCCAGAUGUCGGACCACGUGACACAGAGCACCCUGGAGGACGUUCCACUGAGGCCACCGGAGAUCAGCCUGACAAGCCGCAGCCCCACCGACAUCCUCGUCUCCUGGCUGCCCAUUCCGGCCAAGUAUCGCCGAGGCCGCGUGGUGCUGUACCGCCUGUCCUUCCGCCUGAGCACCGACAGUGCCGUCCAGGUCCUGGAGCUCCCAGGCACCUCGCACGAACACCUGCUGCAGGGCCUGCGACCAGACAGUAUCUACCUGGUGCGCAUCACAGCGGCCACCCAUGUGGGGCUGGGAGAGGCGUCAGUGUGGACCUCACACCAGACACCAAAGGCCACCAGCAUGCAAGCCCCCAGGUCUCCGGAGCUGCACCUGGAGCCCCUGAACUGCACCACCAUCGCGGUGAGGUGGCAGUGCGACGCCAAGGACCCUGCGGCCAUCCAGGGCUACAAGCUGUUCUACAAGGAGGAGGGGCAGCAGGAGCACGGGCCCAUCGUCCUGGCCCCCAGGGAGCACCUGCACACACUCAGCGGCCUGGACCCCAGAAGAAAAUAUCACGUGAGGCUGCUGGCCUACAGUAGCAUCGAAGAGGGCUACCAGGCUGACCAGACUGUCAGCACGCCAGGAUGUGUGUCCGUGCGUGACCGCGUGGUCCCUCCACCGCCACCACCCCACCAUCUCUAUGCAAGUGCCAACAGCUCCUCUUGCGUCUUCCUGCACUGGAGGAGGCCUGCGUUCACUGCCGCACAUGCCGUCAACUACACCAUCCGCUGCAACCCCGUGGGCCUGCAGAACGCCUCGCUUGUGCUGUACCUGCAGACAUCAGAAACUCACAUGCUGGUUCAAGGUCUGGAGCCAAACACUAAGUACGAGUUUGCUGUCCGUCUGCAUGUGGAGCAGCUCUCCAGCCCCUGGAGCCCGGUGGUCUACCAUGCCACACUUCCGGAAGUGAGGCCGUACGUCCCUCGUGUGUACACAGCGCCAGCAGGGCCCCCAGUUGGAGUGAAAGUGACACUGAUAGAGGACGACACCGCCCUGGUUUCUUGGAAGCCACCCGACGGCCCUGAGACAGUCAUCACACGAUACACGAUCCUGUAUGCGUCCAGGAAGGCCUGGGUUGCAGGCAAAUGGCAGGUCCUUCACCGAGAAGGGGCAAUCACCAUGGCUUUGCUAGAAAACCUGGUGGUGGGAGAUGUGUACAUUGUCAAGAUCUCUGCAUCCAACGAGGUGGGAGAAGGGCCCUUUUCCAACUCUGUGGAGCUGACAGUGCUUCCAAAGGACCCUUCGGGAUCAAAUCAGAGGCCCAAGCGUUUGGAUGCUGCUGAUGCCAGAGUGUACUCAGGGUAUUACCAUCUGGACCGGAAGUCGAUGACGGGCAUCACAGUGGGCGUAGGCAUUGCCUUGACCUGCAUCCUGGUCUGUGUUCUCAUCCUGAUAUGCCGGAGCAAGGCCAGGAAAUCAUCUGCCUGCAAGACAGCGCAGAACGGAAGUCGGCAGCUGCCCCACGCUGGUGCCUCCCCGACUCCUGUGAAUGAGGCGGGGAAGAAGCUGGACAGAGCCAUCGAAAACCAGGAGUCCUCAGUGCCAGUGAUGGUGCCACACAGCUUCAUCGAUGCCAAGGGAGGAUCUGACCUGAUAAUUAAUAGCUAUGGUCCUGUAAUUAAAAACAACUCUAAGAAGAAAUGGUUAUUUUUCCAAGACGCUAAGAGGAUGAGAGCUGAGCAGGUCACAGCAAGCGAGUGGAGCAGCCAAGUCGAGAGCCCACGUUGGGGCAGCUCCAGCUUCUGCUGCGGCACGGCCUCUGCAAAGAACAUGCAUCUAACCACGCGGCUCGUCAUGCCCUCCAAAGUGGGGCCAGAUAGAAAUGUGUCUUUCGCCUGUGAAGACCAGUGUGUGUCGACAGACGUGUCCUGCACUUGGCACACGGGCACAGCUUGCCCUGGCCGCUCCUGACUUCCGUCCUCCUCCACAACCUUCUGCUUCCCUCAGCUGCAGUCGCCCUGAAAGCUGAGGUGGCAGCUCCAGCUCCCCUCAAAAGAUGGGGCACAGUUUGUGGGGUCCUUGCAUAGUCAGACAUUUCCUCGUUAGGCGGGGUCUUCAGAAUUGGAUUUUAUCUUUUGAAAUUCUCUGUAGUCCUCAUAUCCAGAUAGAAACUUAGUAACUGAAAAAAGCCAGGGCUGUAACUAGUGACAGUUUAUUGCUAGAUCUAAAGAGCAAAUAGUUUGUUUGGUUUUUUGAGACAGGGUCUUGCUGUAUAAUUCAGGCUGGCCUCCACCUCACGGUGAUCCUCCUGCCUCAGCCUCCCAAGUGCUGGAAUUACAGGCGUAUGCCUCUACGUCUGACUACCAAUAAUUUUUAUAUUAACUAAUUAUCCACUGUUAUUUUAUCCUAACUAAUUAUUCACACUAAUUUAAGAGGAGCAGAUAUAACAUUAGGCCUUGGAACUCCUAAAUCCUGGCGUUUUGUUUGUUUUUGCUGCGGGAUGCUGUGCUGGGGAUUGAACCCAGGGCUGCACACAGAUCAGCAGCUUUUAAGUGCAUCCAGCCCUUAAAAGAAAUGUUUGGUGGGAAAGUUCCUAACCUAUUUUCCUUCCUUACCCAUGAAAUGAGGGUAAGAAUGAAGCAGUAGCUCUUUGAAAACGUAAAAGAAAAUUCACGUGUAGAUAAUUAUAAUCCAGAAGUCACUUCUGGGAGGCUGUGAAACUUAUUUUACAGAUUUUUUUUCCUUUGUAAGUCAGCAUUUCCAGUUACCUUUUCUUGUGUUGAGAUGAAGAAAUGUUUGUAUCUCCUUUACAAGCAAAACAACAAUCAGUACAAGAAAGUGGUUAGUCAGAGAUGUGGGCCGGGUUCAAGUACUCGUCUGCAUCGUGGCUAAGUCCACAGAGAAGACAGGAACCAAUUGUACUUCUCAGAGUACUAACUUUGAAAUCAUCUUAUUCCAGUUUAGGCUUUCACUUUGAUAUCUUGACUUCUAAAGAAUUAAAAAGUACAUGUUUAGGAUUCUUUUCUAACAGGUCUACUUUUUCAAGAUUAUGGAACAAUAUGACUUUUUGAAAACUAUUCAGGAUGAAUGGAUUUUAUGUAGAGCAAUGGAGAAUGCCACCUGCUUCUGAUUUAUUCACGUCUACAUUUAAGGCUCAUUGGAAAAAAUGAUAUGAUUGUCAUCUUUUUCUUAGGAGAAAGGAACUAUUUUCCCUAACUUUUUUGGUACCAUCCAGUAUCACUCUCACUAUAAUCCAUAAGAUUCUGAAAGCUUGACAGAUUUACAAGUUUACAUCUUGUAAAUCUUGUAAGUACUUCAUGGUAUAUAGAUACAGUCUUGACUUACAAUUUUUAUUUUUAAAAUUUAUGUUACAGACAUUUAUUUUUCUAUGGAACCAUCUUUUAAAAUCUCAAAAAUAUUUUUAAGGGCCGGGGAUUUAGCUCAGUGGUGCCAUCACCUGCCUCACAAGUGCAAGGUCCAGAGUUCGAUCCCCGGUACCUCCCAAAAAAUUCUUUUUAAUUUUGCCUUAAAUUAUAUUGCUUCCUGCUUCCACAUUCUGGAUUCUCUUUUGUUUACAAAUGAAAACUAUUUCUGAUGAUUAGCAUCUGGAGCGGCAACAGGGAGUUACAGAGCCUGAACACACGCAUUGCCUUAGCCAUCAGUGGAAGAGAGGAUGUGUAUUAAGAAAGUUUGUUUGUUGCUGUUGUUGGACAAAAUUUUAUGUCUGUGUGUAGGAUUUUUUUCUACUUUCUUCAAAGACGUGAAUUUGAUGAAAGUGUGGGAGCCAGUUAAGUUAUUUUGUACUGUGGGUGUUCUGGGUCCUGGCACUCUGUACCAUGUUCUUGCAAGGGCGGUGUUUGCAGACUUGCGAGUGGGCUGUGGAGCUGAGCUACACUAACUUCAUACUCAGGGGAUCAGCUCCGUGGACUCCAUCGCAUGAAGAAAGCAAAUGUUUGCCUUGAUUUUGAAUGUACUUUCUAAAUGUCUUCUGAAAACGUAGCUUUGCUUAAUAAUGUGGGUUUGUUUCUUUUUCUUGCAUCAUAGUAAAUAUUUCUUAGUAUUUCCCCCUCCCUGGGAUAGUUUGUAUUCUAUCCUACGGGUCAUGCCAAAAAUGAAUAAAGCUUAAAUGCCAAAAUAUUUGUGAAACUGCUGUCUAAAUACUGAUUGAUUGCACAGUUUAAAUAAACUUUUCCUUGGCAAAAAAAUA